UGUCAAAAGACACACAGAAGAAUCAGGCCUCCAAAGGGGGUGCGCCCCCCAGUCUGAUCCCUCCUAUCAACUCCGCAGCCUCCGGGGCCCGCGGCGCGCUCCUGCACAGACUCUACCCGGAGACCUUGGCUCCCUCCCCGGGCCGCGCCCCGGGAUUCCCCCUCGCCCGCUCCCAGGCCCGGGAAACCGGCGGUGCAGCCGCUGGGGUUCGGGCCGUGGCGCUGCUCCCAGGCCUCACUUUCACUUUCGGUCCCGGGGUGGCGAGGCGAGAAAUUCUCUCCCUUGUGAGGCUUCUUCUGUCCCCCUCCUGCAAUGUGAAUUUUAAAAGAAUUGGAAAUUUAUGCUCUGAGAAUCAAGGUAGUUCGGGCAGGAAGAUGGUACCUCAGCCCCUCAAGUGGCCAUUUGCAAGCAUGUCAUUUCUACUUUCUUCACUGUUGACUCUCUUAGCUGUGUCAACUCCUUCACGGUGUCAGAGCAGUGACACUAUAUCUCCAAAAGCUAGCAACGGAUCUUCAUUUCCUUGGAACAAAAUGAGACUUCCGGAGUAUGUCAUCCCAGCUCAUUAUGAUCUCACGAUCCAUGCAAACCUCAGCACGUUGGCUUUCUGGGGCACCACAGAAAUAGAAAUCACAGCCAGCCAGCCCACCAGUGCCAUUAUCUUGCAUAGCCACAACCUACAGAUCUCCAAGGCCACCCUCAGGAAAGAAGCAGGUCAGGGGCCAUCUGAAGAACCACUGAGGGUCCUGGAAUACCCCCGUCAUGAACAAAUUGCUCUUUUAGCUCUGGAACCCUUCCUCGUUGGGCUCCCGUACACAGUUGUCAUCCACUACGCUGGCAAUCUCUCCGAGACUUUCCAUGGAUUCUAUAAAAGCACCUACAGAACCAAGCAGGGGGAAGUAAGGGUACUCGCAUCCACGCAGUUUGAACCAGUUGCAGCCAGAAUGGCCUUUCCCUGCUUUGAUGAACCAGCCUUCAAAGCGAGUUUCUCCAUCAAGGUCAGAAGGGAGCCGAGGCACAUGGCCAUUUCCAACAUGCCGUUGGUGAAAUCUGUGACUAUUGCUGAAGGACUCAUAGAAGACCACGUCGAUGUCACUGUGAAGAUGAGCACCUACCUGGUGGCCUUCAUUAUUUCAGAUUUCAAGUCUGUCAGCAAGAUGACCAAAAGUGGAGUCAAGGUCUCUGUGUAUGCCAUGCCAGAUAAGAUAAAGCAAGCAGAUUAUGCCCUGGAUGCUGCUGUGACUCUUCUAGAGUUUUAUGAAGAUUAUUUCAGUAUACCAUAUCCUUUACCCAAACAAGACCUUGCUGCUAUUCCUGACUUUCAGUCUGGUGCCAUGGAAAACUGGGGCCUGACAACAUACAGAGAAUCUGCUUUGUUGUUUGAUCCAGAAAAGUCUUCUGCAUCCAGUAAGCUUGGCAUCACAAUGACUGUAUCCCACGAACUUGCUCACCAGUGGUUUGGGAACCUGGUCACUAUGGAAUGGUGGAAUGAUCUUUGGCUAAAUGAAGGAUUUGCUAAGUUUAUGGAGUUCGUGUCUGUCAGUGUGACCCAUCCUGAACUGAAAGUUGAAGAUUAUUUCUUUGGCAAGUGUUUUAGUGCGAUGGAGUUUGAUGCCUUAAAUUCCUCACACCCUGUGUCCACACCUGUGGAGAAUCCUGCUCAGAUUCGGGAGAUGUUUGAUGAUGUUUCUUACGAAAAGGGUGCUUGUAUUCUGAAUAUGCUGAGGGAGUAUCUUAGUGCUGAUGUAUUUAAAAGUGGAAUUGUGCAGUAUCUCCAAAAGUACUCUUAUAAAAAUACAAAAAAUGAGGACCUGUGGAAUACGAUGGCCAGCAUUUGCCCGGGAGAUGGUACACAAACCACGGAUGGCUUCUGUUCCCAAAGCCAGCAUUCAUCUUCCUCCUCUCACUGGCGUCAGGAAGGUGUGGAUGUGAAGGCCAUGAUGAACACCUGGACGCUGCAGAAGGGCUUUCCCCUGAUAACCAUCACAGUGAAAGGGAGGAACGUGCACAUGGAGCAGGAACACUACAUGAAGGGGUCUGAUGGUGCCCCAGAAACUGGGUACUUAUGGCACGUUCCAUUGACAUUCACUACCAGCAAAUCAGACUCAGUCCAGAGAUUUUUGCUGAAGACUAAGACAGAUGUGCUCAUCCUCCCAGAAGCAGUGGAGUGGAUCAAAUUUAAUGUGGGAAUGAAUGGCUAUUACAUCGUGCAUUACGAGGAUGAUGGAUGGGAUUCUUUGACUGGGCUCUUAAAAAAGACACACACAGUGAUCAGCAGUAACGAUCGAGCGAGUCUCAUUAACAGUGCAUUUCAGCUUGUCAGCAUUGGAAAGCUAUCGAUUGAAAAAGCCUUGGAUUUAACCCUGUACUUGAAACAUGAAACUGAAAUCCUGCCUGUGUUCCAAGGGUUGAAUGAGCUGAUCCCUAUGUAUAAGUUAAUGGAGAAAAGAGAUAUGACUGAAGUGGAAACUCAAUUCAAGACCUUCCUCAUCCAGCUGCUGCGGGACCUCAUUGAUAGGCAGACCUGGACAGAUGAUGGCUCCGUCUCAGAGCAGAUGCUUCGGAGUCAGCUCCUCCUGCUGGCCUGUGUGCUCAAGUAUCAGCCCUGUGUGCAGAGGGCAGAAGGCUAUUUCAGAAAGUGGAAGGAAUCCAAUGGAAACAUGAGCCUGCCUAUUGAUGUGACCCUGGCAGUGUUUGCUGUGGGGGCCCAGAACACUGAUGGAUGGGAUUUUCUUUUUAGUAAAUAUCACUCUUCUUUAUCGAGUACCGAGAAAAGCCAAAUUGAAUUUGCCCUCUGUGUAAGCCAAAAUGAGGAAAAGCUUCAGUGGUUACUAGAUCAAAGUUUUAAGGGAGAUAUAAUAAAAACUCAAGAGUUUCCACAUAUUCUCACACUCAUUGGCAGAAACCCAGUGGGAUAUCCAUUGGCCUGGCAGUUUCUGAAGGAAAACUGGAAUAAACUUGUACAAAAGUUUGAACUUGGAUCAUCUUCCAUAGCCCACAUGGUAAUGGGAACAACAAAUCAAUUCUCUACCAAAACACGACUUGCAGAGGUAAAAGGAUUCUUCCACUCUUUGAAAGAAAAUGGCUCUCAGCUCCGUUGUGUCCAACAAACUAUUGAAACCAUCGAGGAAAACAUACAUUGGAUGGAUAAAAAUUUUGAUAAAAUCAGAGUGUGGCUGCAACAUGGAAAGCCUGAACUGCUGUAAGCAACUGUUUCUUGCCAAGUUUCCAUGAUCUGUAAUCACCUGAAUAUUGUUGAACGUGAAUAUUUUCAAACUAGAGAUUUUUUUUGGUUUUUUUGUUUUUUGGGUUUUUUGGCUCCAGCUGGAGAUACUCCCCUUCUCGUCAACUCUAUCAUUUGACCAUUUCUGUGAAAAGACUGGCUAGCAGUUUUUCAUCGAUAGAACAUUGCUUCCAUUUACAGGUGUUGCCCUGCAAUGAAAACCCAACUGGUGGGCGCUCUACCACAGAGGAGUAAAGUGCUUUAUUCUUCUCAUUUUAUGUUGUACAUUUAAAUGCCACAGUGUCCAAAUCUCUCAGCUCCGUAUGUCUGUCAUUCAUAUGCUAUUUCAUCAGAGCCCUUAGAAGGACAAAUAGUGAAGAACCCUAAAGGCCUGGAUCAAUAGCUAAGAAGGGAAGCGGCUAUUCUGGAUUUCUCCACAUCUGCAGUCCACCCUGUCUUCCUUGCUUCUGGUCCAGAUGCUGAUCUGUGGAGCCCAAGCCAUCAGGUUUCCUUCCCCUCUGGAUAUUGGUCAAUGGAGGGCCCCAGGAGUCUGUCCCUUCUCGAAAAGCAGAGUGCAUUUAUGGUGAUAGGAAACACCUUUCAUUUAAAGUUGUACUGGAGAGAUUUUUAGGGAGAGGAUGCUUUCUCUCUUGGCUCCUCAUCUGGCCGAUUUUUAAAAUUUCUUAAGACCUCACUAUUGGUACUUAUUGCCAGUACAUAAUUGCAGUGUCGCCAAUAGAUGAUAAUAUAUUAUGAAACUGAAAAUAUUUGCUUAUAAUAGCUCAAGUGAAGACAAUGUAUUCUACAGUUCUGAAUUGAAUCUUACAUAGGAAUCUCUGAAUGUACAUACAAAUUUCAAAACAAAAGAAUAUGACUAAUAUGAGAAAUGUCAAAAUGUGUUUCUAAUACUUUGGAAUAGAGUGGCUUUUACCCAAUUCCAUUUUUGUACCUAUUGCAUGGUUGAUGGUCUGAGAAAUGAAAAUAAAAACAAAUCACUUGUGAUUUCUUACCCAGGCUAGGUUACUUCUUAAAAAAAAUGCACAGUCAAGAUUUUAAUGUAAAAUACUUUGAUUUAAUUGUAUUUCAUAUCUUGACUAAUGAAACAAAAAUACUGACUUUCAGUUUGGGUCACCUGAGGAAUCUAUCUUCAUUACUUCUGAAAAGCUCAUUUUCUACACAGACACAAUAUUGCCGAAACAAUGUGCAGCAACCCUUUCAGUAAUAAAAAGUUGCUUCUUACUCCUAAGCAGA